AUGGAGGUGCUGGAGAGCGGGGAGCAGAGCGUCCUGCAGUGGGACCGCAAGCUGAGUGAGCUGUCAGAGCCCGGGGAGACCGAGGCUCUCAUGUACCACACGCACUUCUCGGAGCUUCUGGAUGAGUUCUCCCAGAACGUCUUGGGCCAGCUCCUCAACGACCCUUUCCUCUCAGAGAAGAGUGUGUCGAUGGAGGUGGAGCCGUCCCCGACGUCCCCGGCGCCCCUCAUCCAGGCCGAGCACAGCUACUCCCUCUGUGAGGAGCCACGGGCCCAGUCGCCAUUCACCCACAUCGCCGCCAGCGACAGCUUCAAUGAUGAGGAGGUGGAGAGUGAGAAAUGGUACCUGUCUCCAGACUUCCCACCAGCAACCAUCAAGACAGAGCCCAUCACGGACGAGCCACCCUCAGGUCUUGUCCCCUCUGUCACGCUGACCAUCACCGCCAUUUCCACCCCGUUUGACAAGGAGGAGCCCCCUCUGGAAAUGAACACUGGGGUUGAUUCCUCAUGCCAGACCAUUAUUCCUAAGAUUAAGCUGGAGCCUCAUGAAGUGGAUCAGUUCCUAAACUUCUCUCCCAAGGAAGCCUCUGUGGACCACCUGCACUUACCGCCCACUCCUCCCAGCAGCCACAGCAGCGACUCCGAGGGCAGCCUGAGCCCCAGCCCGCGCCUGCACCCCUUUGGCCUUCCGCAGACCCACAGCCCCGCCAGGGCCCCGGCACGGGCUCCCUCGGCGCUGGCCAGCUCCCCACUCCUCACUGCUCCUCAUAAGCUGCAGGGAUCAGGCCCCCUGGUCCUGACAGAGGAGGAGAAGAGGACCCUGAUUGCCGAGGGCUAUCCCAUCCCCACCAAGUUGCCCCUGACGAAAUCGGAGGAGAAGGCCCUGAAGAAAAUCAGGAGAAAAAUCAAGAAUAAGAUUUCAGCCCAGGAAAGUAGGAGGAAGAAGAAAGAAUACAUGGACAGCUUGGAGAAAAAGGUAGAGUCUUGUUCAACGGAGAACUUGGAGCUUCGGAAGAAGGUGGAGGUUCUGGAGAACACCAACAGAACUCUCCUGCAGCAGCUGCAGAAGCUUCAGACUUUGGUGAUGGGCAAGGUGUCUCGCACCUGCAAGCUGGCUGGCACGCAGACUGGCACAUGCCUCAUGGUCGUGGUGCUGUGCUUUGCCGUAGCAUUUGGCAGCUUCUUUCAGGGCUAUGGGCCCUAUCCUUCUGCCACCAAGAUGGCCCUGCCCACCCAGCAUUCCCUGCAGGAACCCUACACAUCCUCCGUGGUGAGAUCCAGGAACCUGCUGAUCUAUGAGGAACAUUCUCCCCUGGAGGAGCCACCCAGUUCUGCCUCAGCUGGGGAGCUGGGGCGCUGGGACCGAGGCUCCGCUCUGCUCAGGGCAAAAGGGCUGGAGUCCAGGCCGGACGUGGAUCUUCCCCAUUUCAUUAUCUCAAAUGAGACCAGCUUGGAGAAAUCAGUGCUGUUGGAGCUGCAGCAGCACAUGGUCAGCACCAACCUGGAGGGGAAUGAGACCCUAAAAGUUGUAGAACUCGACAGAAGAGUGAACGCCACCUUUUAA